AUGGCAGCUGCAGUUGGAACUGCACCAGAUACUGGCUUUCCUGUUAGCCAAUCAGCAGCUGACAGCAUGGCAGCAGCGAGCCCCGUGAUUGACGGAGCGCAGCUGCUGGGCGGUGGAAAGCGGGAGGUUAUGAUUCGUCAGCUGGAGAAUUUGGAGAGCGAUUAUGGAUGGCGUAUGCGUGUGCUGACUCGGUAUGCGCCUGAGCAGUUUGAGACAGAGGCUCUACGCGCAGUGUGGCAGCUGGACGACCGCACAGUAGUGGUGGUGGCGGACGUCACGUCGCCCAACAUCCUCAACUCACCCUUUAUUCCCUCCUAUCUUGCCAUGUGCACUUCUUGUCUGUCUGUCUGUCUGUCCGUCACACUCGCAUCUCAGCCGGACGACCGCACAGUAGUGGUGGUGGCGGACGUCACAUCGCCCAACAUCCUCAACUUCUUUGCUGGGGACACUGUCAGGGAGAAGCUUCCACGACAGUUCUUCAUCGAGCUACAAUCCCGGUACACCUCUCUAGUCGCCCACCCAUGUCAUAGGUCUCUCUACUUCCUCCCACCGGCGCAUCAUCCCAUUCCCCCACCCUCUGCCAUUCCUUUCCUCCGUCUCCUCCGUCCAUUCCUAAUUAGCAACCAGUUCUAUGUGGCAGAGCAGGGAGACACAAGAGCUGUCCAAGAAGCCAUUGCUAUUAUGCAUGCCCGCCUCUUUAUUUUCCUGUGCCUCAUAUUUCCCCUCUUUUUCCUCCCCAUCCACCCCUGCCGCGAGCUUUGGCACCAGUUCUAUGUGGCAGAGCAGGGAGACACCAGAGCCGUCCAAGAAGCCGUUGCCACUCUGCAAACCUGCCUCUUUAUUCUCCUGUGCCUCAUCCUUCCCCUUUUCCCCCUCCCUCUCCUGCCCCGCACUCCCAGCUUCGGCAACCAGUUCUACGUGGCAGAGCAGGGAGACACACGGGCUGUCCAAGAAGCCGUCGCCACGCUGCAGACCUGCCUCUUAAAGCCCACUGGUUGCAACAACGUGCCCGGCCUUGUAGAUGACCUUUACUUCGUCACUCUCUCUACCGCAAUCCUCAGUGGGAUUGUUUUUGGCUUCGCCGCCCGCCUGGAACCUUCCGGGAAGGUGGAGGCUUCUUGGCAGUGGGUGCUGCUUUUCUCCCCGCUGUGGCUGUUGCUGCUGGUGGCUUUUUCGUAUCUUCCCAUUACUGCCCGGACAGAUAAUGUGGAGCCGCUGUUGAAGAAUGGGGCGGGUUUUCUUGCUGGGGCAGCUGCAAUUUAUUUGACGCCGAUUUUCGGGCAGUCUCCUGUGGCGAAUUGGGGCAAGGGGAAGGAGGAUGGGACUCGGAGUGGCACUCAGAGUGGUAGGGAUAGCGACUAUGACGACUUCUAG